UUGUUCUGUUUUUGUCUCGAGUUUUGUUUCGUGCUAGAUCGGCAAACGUGAACCCAACCAAGCACUAGUGACUCAGUGUGGCAGUGUUAAAGAUCCUACCGAGAGGAAAGACCUCAACGAUAGUGCAGGAAACGAACAGUUGCGGGCAACAUCCCACGAACGGUGCCGCUUGGCUCCAGGAACUUGGACACGUUCCACCGCUAAGGGAAAGUUCAAGGUUCUCUUUCCUUGGAAUCUUGGGUGAAAGUGACCGACGGGCAAGUAAGGCGAACGUAACUUCCACCGCGCACGUACACAGAAACGUACGCCCACGGAUACACUCGGUCCGGAUGUGAGAUCCGGGAGAUCAGUCCAGGGCCGCAUUACAUUUUCGGGACCGUCAGAAGUUCGGGAGGACGCUUUAAGUGCUCGCCAGGGGCACAACGAGAACAACCAUCCCAAAACCGGAUCUAAGACGGUUACGUAUCGCUAUCGUACCGUACGCAUCAAGGGGAAAUCGUCCCGCCGGGUUCGAGGCUCACCCGAGUAGUCACCGCGCUGUCAAUUAACUGACAGGAGGGUGUGAUUACUGUCUGGUAGAAUUUGGAAGAACGAACGAAGGCGAGGUGUAACAAUUGUGUCCGAUCCCUCAGCCACCGCCACCCGCUGAGCGUGUGUUUUGUGUGUUUUAGACCAAGUGUGCUCAAGUUCGGUUCAUCUGUUUUCCCAGCCCAGAGUAGUGUCAAGAGUGUCAGUGACUGUGAUAACUCAUCAUCCAGAGGAAGUGCCGCGCUUCACACAACACACGGUUGCCUCGAAUGGGGAAGGCAAUGGCAAACGGUCAGCGCCGGCAAGCGGCCAACGGCUGGAUGCUGCCGCUUGCGGUAGCACUGCUGGCUGCCAUCGCACUGCUGACCGCGUCCGUAAAUGGGUUAAGUUCAACAGGUGAAAGAGAGAGCCGGAAACUGUUCGGUGGGUACCGAAUUACGCCAAAGUUCUGCAAUGCUACGCGGUCGCUGCUGAAACGUGAGCCAGAGCGCCGGGGCCCCACGAUCUGCAUGUUCAAUCACGAGUGCUUCCAGCGGCAGGGCGAGGUGGUCGGUGCCUGCAUGGAUGGGUUCCUGUUCGGGACGUGCUGUGAGCUGCCGCUCACGAAGGACACGCUAGCGAACGCGGAUGCACUGAUGGAGCAGGCGAACGCCACCGAGCAGACGGGCCAAUCGUCCCUUAGCUCGGCCAUUGCCAGUCAGUAUGAAAAGUUCGGCAGCCAGGUAUCGGGCGGUGGCUAUGGGGAGGGUGUUGUGGUACAGAUGGAGCAGGAUCCACCGAAGCCCGAUUCGUACGAAACGGACACGAGCGGAGGAUACAUGGCAACGAGCGAAAAAAUCAAACCACUCUACCAGAAGAUCCAGAACAACAACUACAUCGUGAAUGACGAUCUGGACGAGGACAUUGUGCUGAACAGUAUCGGUGCGAACAAGUACGAUGUGGCGAGCGAUGCGGUGUCGGUGUAUUCACCCUCGACCAACAAAAUCAAGACGGAAAGCGAAGAGCUGCCGCCGUCUUCGUCGCUAGGCUACCCGUCCACCACCGAGUCGGACGAGACGCACUACGUGCAGGUGAACAAGGACGGCGUGUACAGUGCGGAAAUCCCAUCCCUGCUGAGUGCGUACGGUGAGACGAGCUCCGGCGAAAGCUCCGGCCCUAGCUCGUCGGCCAUUUCGACGGAAACGAGCACCGACAUUACGGCGACAGGUGUGCAGCAGAUUGCGAAUCAAAUCUUCCAGGAGAACAGCCAAUUCUUCGAUCACAGUGACAUUACGCAUCCGGCGGCUGAAACGGAUCUGCUGAACGAGCACGGUACGGUUGAUCAGAGCUACGCCAACCCGAACGACUUCUCCGGGGUGCCGCAAGCGUCCCAAUCCGUCCCGCAGCCGCCGGCGCCGACGGUCAAGCCGGCGAAGGUGACGUACCCUAAGCCGCAGUUUAAACCGCGCCCGAAACCAACGCAACCGAGCUCGAACGAAUCGGGCAGCCAGUACGUGCUGGUGCAGACCAUCUCGAACGAUACGAAGAAUGACACGCAGGCCAAGCCGACCGUUUCCAUGAACAAUAUCCCUUCGAUUGAGUCGAUCAUACUGAUGCUGAACGAUUCCAAUGUUGGACCGCAGUACGAAACCGAUGACGGUGCCAACGCGACAAAGGCGACGUUUGAGGCGUCCACUGUACCGUCCACGUACGGUACGGCUGCGAUCGAUUACGACAAGUACGGACCGACCAGCUUCUACAUCACGAAGCCGCAGAAAACGGAAGCUCCAACGGUUACGCAUACGACCAGCAAUGUCCCGUCGACGAGCUACGUGUACAGUCCGAAACCGACGAAACGACCCACGUUGGAGCCGGUGGUAGUGCAGGCGACGCUGCUAACGAACAGUGCCGUUGCAUCGUACGGAGGAUCGCAGCAAAAUGACCCACAACCCUCAUCCACUCAUCGGCCACCACCAACGAAGAUCAUCGUGACGGCAAGCACAUCGAAGCGCCCGGUUCUGAUCACCACUGACACGCUGGCUAGCGCUGGCUACUACACCGGACCAACCAGACCCGCCUCCACAGUGGCCGUUUCAUCCGUGCAGCCAACGAAGAAGAUCACAACGAUCGCAACGAAGCGCCCGAUCGCUACCACGAUCAAGCUGCCCGAGUACAUCGUACAGUCGUCCACCCUGUCCCACCAGAACCCGUCCACACUGGCCAACGUAAACUACAUCCAGAUUGCCUCAGCGUCCGACAAUCCCUCGCCCACCGUGCACAUUACACCGAAACCAGUGGUUGGACUGGUGACAUCCUCCACCUGGAACAGCAACAACAAACUUGGAUCCUCGGUCGCCCCGGGCAGCUCGCGGCCCGGUUUCUACGAAAACACACCACCCGUCUACCUGUCCUCGAUGGCAGACUUUGAAGAUGAGGGCUACUUUGGUUCGACGAGUCGUCCAGCGCUAGACAACGGCGUUACCUCUACCUCUAUCUACACGAUCGUGGAUAGUAACAACAAUAAGAUCAGCAACUUUGCCUCCUCCACGUACGCACCUUACGGGCCGACGGCAUCGUACGGCUCUACGCCAUCCUAUCCGAUCCGAGUGCCACCGAACCAGCCAAGUCUGCAGACGUACGGACCACCGUCGCCCGUUGAGGUGUCCACGCUCAAGAACGAACUCUACACGACACCGGACGACAUCAACAACUUCCCGCCGGUGCGCAACCCGAACCUGAACCUGACGGACGCUACCACGAUGUCGAACAUUACGAAGAUUGAGUCAGGUUUGUACGGUACGCCGGCCAGCGAGGAGGACAAGGUGAACAUGCUCGUCAACAAGAUCGUGCAAUCGUUCAACGGGAACUUGGAGGAGUUGGAGCAAAUUCUGAAGGAUCGUAGGAACCUCACAGUUACCAGCACGGCUGGAGCGCUGGCAGCGACUACUGAGAGCACGCCAUCUUCCGUUUCGUCCACGAGUGAAGGAUCUACUCCCACUUCAAGCACAACCGCGAAGCCGAAGAAGAAGAAGAAGCGCCCGAGUGGUAACAAAAAGCCAUCCAAUGCCACGACCACGUCAAGCUCGUCCAGCAGUGGAACGAAGAAGCCAACGGCGAAACCGACUGUACUGGCCGAUAGUGCUACCAGCACCGGAACUUCCGUGAAACCUUCCUCGCGUCCAUCGAAGAAACCAACCAAGGUACGACGGCCGAGCAACUCCACCAAGCCAACGUCAGCAUCCAAGCCAACGUCCGCCACCACGCUCAGCAAACCCAUUGCCAGCGACACCCCUGUCAAGCCUGCCAAACCCUCCAGCACGAAGCCGAAACCAUCCACUGCUGCAACCAGCACACGCCCGAAACCUUCCACCGCAACGAAACCCUCCACCAGCGGCGGCAGCACCACCAAGAAGCCGGUCCGCACGUCCACCUCCACCAAGCGGCCGACGCGCAAACCGAGCACCCGGCCGACGCUGGCCGACGCCGACCUGACCACCACCCAGCUGACGACGACGCGCAAGCCGACCAAGGUCACGAAGCGCCCCACCAAGCGGCCCACCUCGACGACGACCAGCACCACCGCCGCACCGGAGGACGAAACGAUCGACGAGGAGGAGAACGCCGUCGACGGUGAGGACGGUGAGGAGGAGGAGGAGGACGAGGACGUUGGUGAGGAGCAGAACGAGACGGCGGACCACCAGCACGCCGGUGGCAGAAAGAUUCUUUGUGGCCAACGGCCAUUGAUGAAGAGUGGACGCGUCGUAGGCGGCAAGGCAUCGAAGUUUGGCGAAUGGCCGUGGCAGGUGCUCGUGCGGGAAUCGACCUGGCUCGGCCUGUUCACCAAGAACAAGUGUGGCGGUGUGCUGAUCACGAACGAAUACGUCAUCACCGCCGCUCACUGUCAGCCCGGCUUCCUUGCCUCGCUCGUAGCAGUGUUUGGAGAGUUCGACAUCUCGAGUGACCUGGAAACGAAGCGCUCCGUCACGAAGAACGUGAAACGUGUCAUCGUGCACCGGCAGUACGAUGCAGCGACCUUCGAGAACGAUCUGGCCAUCCUGGAGCUCGAGAAUCCCAUCCAUUACGACGUUCAUAUAGUGCCAAUCUGUAUGCCAGGCGACGAGGCCGACUUUACCGGGCGCAUGGCUACCGUGACGGGCUGGGGCCGGCUAACGUACGGCGGCGGUGUACCCUCCGUCCUGCAGGAAGUUCAGGUACCGGUCAUCGAGAACAGCGUCUGCCAGGAGAUGUUCCACAUGGCCGGACACAACAAGAAGAUCCUGCCAUCGUUCGUAUGCGCCGGGUACGCCAACGGCAAACGAGACUCCUGCGAGGGUGACAGCGGUGGUCCACUGGUGCUGCAGCGUCCCGACGGACGGUACGAGCUGGUCGGUACCGUCUCCCACGGUAUCCGGUGUGCCGCCCCCUACCUGCCCGGCGUCUACAUGCGAACGACCUUCUACAAGCCCUGGCUGCGGAGCGUUACUGGCGUGAAAUAACAACCUCCACAGGGUGUGUGUGUGCAUUCGGAGUGUGUGCAUCGGCGUGCAGGAUCUAGGACGUGAACAGUAUGCGUGCGUGUGUGUGUGUUUGAGCUUGUGUGACUGGAAGAUGCAAGUUUGUACGAUGCCUUAUAUCUAGCUGCGCGAAUGUAUGUAUGGAGCGAGUGUACGUGUGCCGUCCGCCUGUUAUGUAUGUAGGUAGUAGUGUCCCUGGAAAAUCCUGGGACAGAGUGCGUAUGUGUGUGUUUGUGUGUAACACGUAGGGCGACGAGAAGAGAUUAGGUUUAACCUGUUUCACAUUACCUGGGUAAGAGCAGUUGCAUGCAGCGCCACGAGCGUGCGCUGCAACCGGAAGCUGCAACAAAACGUGACAGUUUCACUGUAGUGGUGUAGAGAAGUGUUUUGUUGUUUUUUGUUCGUUUUUUCAUUUUUUGUUCGGGAAGAAAACGAUAAGGGUGAAAGGAAACAAAUUGCAUUCAUCGGAGACGUAAGGGGAUGUGAUUCGGAGUCAUUGUUAAGCGUAAUUUAUAUUAAUUUAUUUAAACAAAAACCUUGUUGUUAGUGGUUCAAACUAUUUAUUAAACUUAAAGUAAAAUAAAUAAAAAACAAACAGGAUAUAUUUAUUUAGCUGUACGCGCUCUUCCCGCUGGUGCCUGUCCGGUGCGGGAAAGCGCUUAGGGGUGCAUAAGAAAUGGGAGAAGUAGGAAGGAAGGAAAAAGCAGCAGAAAAGAACGUAGCGCGAGAAGAGGAAAAAUUGUAACAGAAAAGAAUGAAAACGAACGAAGAAAAGAGAGAAAGCAAAUCAAACCUGGUGUAGAAAACGAGCAUGUGAUUAUUUUAACUUAAAACAAAUACGAAACAAAAAUGCGUUAAAUACAGCACAACGAUUACAAUUGUAGGAAAAACAAACAAACAAACAAACAAAUACAAGUUCAACACAACGA